AGCAGCACUAAACCUCCAAUAUCUACAUGUGCUGAAGUGUUCUUGAGAAGUGCCUGCCCUUUGGAGCUCAAGAAGGACAUGAGGAGUAAAAGGACCUUGGAUCUCACUGGUCAGAAUGAAACAGAUGUUGAAGGAUUUUUCAAAUCUAUUGUUAGUAGUGCUCUGUGACUAUGUUCUCGGUGAAGUGGAAUAUCUCCUCUUGAAGCAUCCAGAUCAUGUAGCCUUCAGCAAUGACACGGUCUCUGUGGAGUAUCAGUACUAUGAUGGUGGUAAUAUGACAGCAGAGAAUACGUCCAUCCUAUUGCUCGAUGCCAAUACCAACCAGAUCAUUGCAAGAAAAGAGCUUCCAGCAAAUCAGUCACACGGGAUGGUAGAGUUUGAGUGUUUCUACUUCAAGAGCGCUGGGGACUUUUGGUUCAGAAUGGUCUCUCCAAGAGAUAAUAGUAGUGAUGGACCCUGGAGUGGAAGAAGAACGUCCCCCCUCCAUGUGCAAUGGCCUGUAUUUCAUAUUGAUUUGAAUAAGACCUCAGACCUUGGAAGCUCCCUCCAGGUUGGACUUUUCACAAAUGAACAGUUGUGUGCCCUGAAGGAGAUGGUAGUUUCACUGGACGUGAUAUUCAGCAGCACUCUUUAUGAACUAGGAAAACUAAGCUCUGAUGAGACACUGGGCAUUAGAACUAGAAAAGGAAUCUUGCUCUCUAGAUCCCAGUGGGUAGAGUUUGAUUGCCCACCUAUUGGUCAAGAAACAUAUAUCACUGUGUUGCUGAGAUCACUAGAAACACGUUCAGUCAUUGCCUCCAUGGGACCCAUAGACCUCCUGCACAAAUUUGGGUACCGACUGGUGGUGGCACCAGAAGCAACAUGCAAGACUUUGGUUCAGGUCUUUGUGGUUUCUCCACCAUGCACUUCUGCCAGUGGAAAGAUUGCUGUCUAUAAAGAGGCUCUCAAGCAUCCUAGCCAAAGAACAACUUGGCUGUAUGAAAACACCAUUCACCCAGGAGACAACAGGACAGAAUUUAACUGCACUUUGUUUGAUGUGGGGAAGAACAAAUACUGCUUUGACCUCUUUAGUUUCUCAAACCGAAGCCAUUUCUCAACCAGAGUUAAGGAGUGUAUGAUGAUCCAAAGGAAUAUGGAGACGUGGAGCGCGUGGCAGCCGUGGAGCCCGUGCAGCGCGACCUGCGGCGACGGCGUCCGCGAGCGCUUCCGAGAGUGUCUCACGUCGAGGCCGGCCCGGCCGGGCUGCGCCGGGGCGCCGAGGGAGACCUCCACGUGCUCGCUCGAGCAGUGCUGGGCUAUCAAGCCUCCCACCCCACCUUCUAUCCAGCCAGAAGAAGACCAGAAAGCCAAUAACAUAGUCACCAUCACGGGCAUCUCCUUAUGCUUGUUCAUCAUCUUUGCCACUGUUCUCAUCACGCUGUGGAGGAAGCUCUGCAGAGCUCCCAAGUGCAGCGCGGCCGUGCGGCGAAACUCCGUCCAUUCCCCCGGCUUCCGGAAGAACUCCGACGAGGAGAACAUCUGCCAGGGCAACAAGCAGCGGGACAGCUUCACGGAAGGAGGUGAUGCCCCUGUGAACAUCCCUCUGACCUACAGGCGAAGCCUCCCGCUUGCCCAAGAAGAUGAUGCCUCUGGAAGCGAGAAUUUUCAGCCGAACGCCCAAAAAAUCAUCCCUCCCAUUUUCAGCUAUCGCCUCGCACAGCAGCAGCUGAAAGAGAUGAAGAAGAAAGGCCUGACGGAGACCACCAAAGUGUACCACGUUUCUCAGAAUCCUCUCACAGACACAGUUCUUGGUGCCACCACAAUGCUCCCCUUGAGCACAGAAAACCAGGAGGAGGCAGCAGCAAACAAAUUUAGGAUCAAAUCUCCAUUUCUCGACCAAUCAGCCGGUCAGCCCAAAUUCCCGGGUGAAAGCUCUAACCCAAGGCUGGAUUUUCCAUUCUCGCAGGCCAAUCCUGCAAUGAGCCCUACCCAGACCUUGAUAAGAAGAGCUCAUUUCAAACACCAAGAUAACAGAGGAGAGUUAUCAGAGAGGGGCUCUCACAGAAACCCACAUUUUAGAAGAACAGCCAGUUUCCAUGAAACUAAAAAGGCCAGGCCUUUCAGGGAGAGAAGCAUGUCCACCCUAACGCCACGACAGACUCCUCUCUAUAGCUCCAGGACCAGAACAUGGGACCAGGGGUUGGAAGACAGGGCAAGGCCCAAACUGAGAAAUGCUAGUGCAGCUUGUGAAAAGCUGGAUCAGUCGCAUUGCCCUGUGCUGCCGUGUGAAGCGCAGGGCCACGGCACGAAGUGCCAUCAGAAAGCGUGUCCCCCGGUGAAGAGGCUGGAUCCGCUCGCUGACCGCCACCCCGGCAGUCAGGAGAAGGCAGCUGAGAAAGCUGAGCCCGGCCGGAACAAGAGAGGCCCCUCACCGAACCCCAGGGGCGCGUGGCGCAAGGAAGCGGCGGCGGCGGCCGCCAGGGACGCCCAGCAGAGAGGCCGAACGCUCAGCCCCGUCCAGUUCCGAAAGGACAAGUGCCAGAGCUUCCCGCUGGACCCGGAGUUUGCCUUUUAUGAUAACACUACUUUUGGCUUAACCGAGGCAGAGCAACAGAUGAUUGACCUCCCUGGGUAUUUUGGCUCUAAUGAAGAGGAUGAAGCAAGCACCUUAAGCGUUGAGAAGCUGGUGAUCUGAGCAACUCGGUGUAACCCUGUA